GUACCAGGACAAGGUGUUCUGCUUCAUCCAUCUGAGUGUUCAGGAGUUUCUGGCUGCUCUUCAUGUCCAUCUGACCUUCAUCAAUUCUGGACUCAACUUGCUGGAAGAUCAACAGGCAACCCCCCAGAAGUCUGAAACAAGAGAAUCUGCAGCAGCAUACUUCUACCAUUGUGCUGUGGACAAGUCCUUACUGAGUCUAAAAGGACACCUGGACCUGUUCCUCCGCUUCCUCCUGGGUCUUUCACAGCAGACCAAUCAGCAUCCCCUGCAAGGCCUGCUGACAAAGAGAGAAAGUAUCUCACAGACCAGUCAGGAAAUAGUGCAGUAUAUUGAGAAAAAACUCAGUGAGAAUCUGUCUACAGAAAAAAGCAUUAAUCUGUUCCACUGUCUGAAUGAGCUGAAUGAUCGUUCUCUAGUGGGGAAGAUCCAACAGUCGCUGAGUUCAGGUAGUCUCUCCACAGAUAAACUGUCUCCUGCUCAGUGGUCAGCUCUGGUCUUCAUCCUACUAUCAUCGGAAAAAGAUCUGGAUGUGUUUGACUUGAAGAAAUUCUCUGCUUCAGAGGAGGCUCUUCUGAGGUUGCUGCCAGUGGUCAGAGCCUCCAACAAAUCUCUAUUGACUGUCUAUAACCUCUCCGAAAUAGGAUGGAAAUCUCUGUCCUCAGUUCUCAGCUCACAGUCAUCUAGUUUGAGAGAACUGGACCUGAGUAUCAAUGGCCUCGAGGAUUCAGGAUUGGACCUUCUGUCUGAUGGACUGGAGAAUCCACACUGUAAAUUGAAAACUCUCAGACUGAGUGUCUGUAGCCACUCAGGAAGAAACUGUGAAACCAAGUUCUCAGUUUGCAGCUCCCAGUCCUCUACUCAGAGAGAGCUGGGCCAGAGUCACAACAACAUGCAAGAUUCAGGAAUGAAGUUUCUGUCUGGAAUGAAGAAUUCAAACUGGAAAACGGAAACUCUCCGACUGACUUAUUGCAACCUCUCAGAAGGAAGCUUGGAAGCUCUAUCUUCAGUUCUCAGUUCGCAGUCCGGUAGUCUUGGAGAACUGGACCUGAGUAACAACAACCUCCAGGAUUCAGGCGUGAAGCUUCUGUGUCUUGGACUGCGGAGUCCACACUGUAAACUUCAAAUUCUCAGUCUGUCAGGCUGUCUCAUCAAAGACAAAGGCUGUAAUGCUCUGGCUUCGGCCCUGAGCUCCAACCCCUCACAUAUGAGAGACCUGGACCUGAGUUAUAAUCAUCCUGGAGAAUCAGGAAUAAAUCGUCUGUCUGCUGGACUGAAGGAUCCACGGUGGAGACUGGAUAAUCUAAGGGUGAAACCUGCUGGAGAACAAUGGUUGAGACCAGGUCUGAGGAAGUAUUCCUGUCAACUCACAAUCGACACAAACACAGCAUACAGAUACCUCAAACUGUCUGACAACAAUAGGAAGGUGACACGUGUGGAGGAGGUUCAGUCAUAUCCUGAUCAUCAAGACAGAUUUAAGUACUGGGAUCAGCUGCUGUGUAUAAAUGAUCUGAGUGGUCGCUGUUACUGGGAGGUCGAGUGGAAAGGAAAAGCACGUAUAUCAGUGAGUUACAGAAGAAUUGAAAAAGGAGGCAGUGAUGACUCUGUAUUUGGCUUUAAUGAUCUGUCCUGGAGUCUUGUCUGCUCUGAUGAGGGUUAUUCGGUCUGUCACAAGAAGAGGCAAACAUCCAUCUCCUCCUCCUCCUCUUCCUCUGUCUCUAACAGAGUAGCAGUGUAUGUGGACUGUCCUGCUGGCACUCUGUCCUUCUACAGAGUCUCCUCUGACACUCUGAUCCACCUCCACACAUUCAACACCACAUUCGCUGAAACUCUUUAUCCUGGAUUAGGGGUUGUUUGGUCUGGUUCCUCAGUGACUCUGUGCUGAGCUGAGUGUAAAGAGUGUCCUCCUGUUAGAGAAACACUCUAACUGUUGAACAGAUAGUUAAAUAGGUACAUGUCCUUUUAAACUUCUUCCUCUUCUGAAAUUAAACAUAUUCUUAUGAAGUUAUGUGGUGUUUCAUUGUGCAGAUAGCAAGAGUGUCAGUAAAUAAACAGAUUAACAAACAAUACUAAUCACUAAUCUUCAGUUGUGAUUCAAGUCAAAAACUUUAAUAGCACCAUAUUAAAGUUAUUUAUAUUAAAUAACUCAGUUUUAAUAUAGGUAAAUUCUGAGCUGAGAAAGCUGAUAUGAAUGAAUGAGCGACUCUUGGCAUUCAUAAGCUCAUAAAGUUCUUGGUUAUUCGUACCAUGCAGUAACUGAUAUAACUUACGGAUUUGAUGGAAGCAAGGAUUUAUGAGUUCAUAUUUUGGGUUCCUUUCUCCUUGCGUUACUUACCUUAAUCCUCCCUUGGAAGGAGCUUCGAUACUUUGGUGUCACGGUUCAAUAUUUUUUCGAUACAAAA